AUGGGACGUCCUGUUACCCAGCAUGCACUGCUGCUCCUGCAGUGCAUGCUGGUCCUACGGCCUGGUGGCGUGGCCAGUAGAAGAGGACCGGUGCUGCUGCCAGAAUCGCCCUGUCACAAGACAGAGCACCCACUCAUCCCGCACUCAGAGAUGGAGCCAUGGAUCUUCAGGUUCAAGGCAGAGGGCACGGUGGAUUAUUCACAGCUGACCUUUGACCCCGGCCAGAACGAACUAAUCGUCGGUGCCAGAAAUCAUCUCUUUAGGCUCAACCUGGAAGACCUGACACUGAUCCAGGAGGCAGAGUGGCACUGUGAUGAGUUCACCAAGGGAGCCUGCUUCAGCCGUGGAAAGUCUGAGGAGGAGUGCCAGAACUACAUCAGGGUGCUGCUGGUCAAUGGGAACAGGCUGUUUACCUGUGGAACCAACGCCUUCACACCCAUCUGCACCAAUCGAACGCUGACAAAUCUGACCGAGAUUCACGAUCAGAUAAGUGGAAUGGCUCGGUGUCCCUACAACCCCCUUCACAACUCCACCGCCCUUAUCACCUCCAGUGGGGAGCUUUACGCAGCCACGGCUAUGGACUUCUCUGGGCGAGACCCUGCCAUCUACCGCAGCCUGGGCGGCCUGCCACCACUGCGCACCGCCCAGUACAACUCCAAGUGGCUCAAUGAACCAAACUUUGUCUCCUCCUAUGAUAUUGGCAACUUCACCUACUUCUUCUUCCGGGAAAAUGCGGUGGAGCAUGACUGUGGUCGGACAGUGUUUUCCCGUGCCGGGCGCGUCUGUAAGAAUGACAUCGGAGGCCGCUUUCUCCUGGAGGAUACAUGGACCACCUUCAUGAAGGCCAGGCUGAACUGCUCACGUCCAGGAGAAAUCCCCUUCAACUACAAUGAGCUGCAGGGAACGUUCUACCUGCCUGAGCUGGAGCUGCUCUAUGGCAUUUUUACUACUAAUGUCAACAGCAUUGCUGCAUCUGCUGUGUGUGCCUUCAAUCUCAGUGCCGUAUCACAGGUUUUCCAUGGGCCCUUCAAAUACCAGGAGAACUCCCGGUCAGCCUGGCUGCCCUAUCCCAACCCCAACCCAGACUUUCAGUGCGGCACCAUUGACUCUGGCUCCUAUGUGAACCUGACAGAAAGAAACCUGCAGGACGCUCAGAAGUUUUUGCUAAUGCAUGAGGUGGUCCAACCGGUGGUUCCCGUGCCAUACUUCAUGGAGGACAAUGUUCGUUUCACUCAUGUGGCGGUGGAUGUGGUGCAGGGGAAAGACAUGCUGUUUCACAUCAUCUAUUUGGCAACAGAUUAUGGUACUAUCAGGAAAGUGCUUUCCCCUCUCAAUCAGUCCACGGGGAGUUGCCUAUUGGAGGAGAUUGAGUUGUUUCCGCCCAGAAAGAGGCAGCCGAUCCGAAGCCUGCUGAUCCUGCACAGCCGCAGCGAACUUUACGUUGGUGUAAGAGACCAGGUCAUCAAGAUCCCGCUCAAGAGAUGCAGCUACCACAAAAGCAGAGAAGCGUGUGUUGGGGCCAGAGACCCCUACUGCGGCUGGGAUCUGUUGCUGAAGAAAUGCACCACCCUGGAGGAGAGUGUCCGUAUGAGCCAAUGGGAGCAGAGCAUCACAAAAUGCCCUGUCCGUAAUGUGACAGUCGAUGGAGGCUUUGGCGCUUGGUCCGGAUGGUCCACGUGUAGCCACAAUGAUGGAGGCAGCGCAGGGACCUGUCUUUGUCGGACACGAGCCUGUGAUAGCCCCAGCCCUCAGUGUGGAGGCCAGCAGUGUCAUGGGAUCAGCGUUGAAGUCGCCAACUGCUCCAGAAACGGAGCGUGGACUCCCUGGACUUCCUGGUCUCCCUGCAGCACCAGCUGCGGCAUUGGCUUCCAAGUUCGUCAGCGUUCCUGCAGCAACCCAACCCCUCGCCACGGUGGACGAGUAUGUGUUGGUCAGAACCGUGAGGAGAGGUACUGCAAUGAACACCUGCCCUGCCCACCACAUGUCUAUUGGUCAGCCUGGUCGGCAUGGGAACGCUGCACCGUACCUUGUGGCGGAGGCAUCCAGUCUCGACGCAGAACCUGUGAGAACGGCAACGACUGUCCUGGGUGUGGUCAGGAGUACCAGUCAUGCAACACCCUGCCGUGUCCUGACCUGAAGAAGACCACACCCUGGACUCCGUGGACGCCUGUCAACAUCUCAGACAACGGCGGGCACUACGAACAGCGCUUCCGCUACACUUGCAAGGCUCGCAUCCCAGACCCCAGCCUGCUGGAAGUGGGAAGGCAGAGGAUCGAGAUGCGCUACUGCUCCAGUGACGGCUCUACCGGCUGCUCCACUGAUGGUGAGGUGCUUCGUCUCGGAAGGAUCUCAGGCCACACAGUAAACGGCGGCUGGUCAUCCUGGAGUUCCUGGUCCCAGUGUAGCAGAGACUGUAGCCGGGGAAUCCGCAGUAGAAAGAGGACUUGCAGCAACCCAGAGCCCAAGUAUGGAGGUCAGACCUGCCAGGGGCCCGCACAGGAGUAUCAGGAGUGUAACAUCACCCCUUGUCCAGUGGAUGGCAGCUGGUCAUGCUGGUCUUCAUGGUCCAAGUGCUCGGUGACGUGUGGAGGAGGACACUACAUGAGGACGCGAACCUGCAGCAACCCCCCGCCAGCUUACGGAGGAGACAUCUGCUUGGGCCUGCAUACUGAGGAAGCACUGUGCAAUACACAGCCCUGUCCAGAGAGUUGGUCCAGCUGGUCGGAGUGGUCCCACUGUGACUCCAACGGCGCCCAGCUGCGUGUGCGUCACUGUGAUGUCCUGUUUCCCACUGGAAACCAGUGCUCAGGAAAUACCAGUGAAACCAGACCAUGCUCCCCUGACUCCAAUUUUAUACCAGAAGUCUCGAUUGCACGCUCCAGUCAGGAGGAGAGGCGCUGUGGAGACUUCAACCUGUUCCAUAUGAUUGCCGUGGGGCUCAGUAGCUCCAUCCUCGGCUGUCUGGUUACCCUGCUGGUCUACUCUUACUGCCAGCGCUACCAACAGCAGUCGCACGAUGCCACCGUCAUUCACCCCAUCUCUGCCGCACCGCUCAACACCAGCAUCACCAAUCACAUCAACAAACUGGACAAAUAUGACUCCGUGGAAGCCAUUAAGGCCUUCAACAAAAACAAUCUGAUUCUGGAGGAAAGAAAUAAGUACUUCAACCCACAGCUUGCUGGGAAGACCUAUACCAACGCAUACUUCACCGACUUCAACACCUACGAUGACUAUUAA